UCACUCGAUGCACGUGAGGGCACUGCCACGUUUUGCGAUCGAAUACCCGUGACUGCGGUUACUCGAGUUCUCAACUGGCCGAAUCGUUGUCGAAAGGCUGUGAAAGUGGAAUGUCAUAGAAUUUCGAGAUGCCCUUCGUUGACGGGCCUGUUUCUGCUACUGUCUGGAGGUCCUCGGGACUCCUGUUUCUAUUCAAUAGGAAUAGAUGAAACAGGACCAUGAUUCUGCUGAAAAUAAGAUAUUGGGUCUGUUCUCAGUAUGGCGCCAUAAUCAAUCGAAGUGAAAAACGCCCACCCCGUUCUUGUUCUAUUGUUACAGUACACCAACAUCAAGGAAAUAAGCGCGAAUGAAAGCCCCUAAUCCUCUGAGCUUUAGCUUCCCGUUGCAAGCCGACGCUGUCCUCGAUGAGCCAAAACAACGAUCAGAAAUCGUUCCAAAGCUGUUCCACUCCGAGCCUGCCCGGUUCUCUCGUCGGCUCUGGACUAGACUCGGAGUAAAUUUUACUAGGAAGCCCG